GUUUGCAUUUGUAGAGAUCAUCAAGGACAAGAUAGUGUUCCCGGUUUUGCUUGGGCUUUAAGUAAUAAGCAACUAUUGUAAUUAUUGCAAGAUUGUUAAAUUAACUGGAUGCAGAUAUCUAAGAACCUUGGACAGUAGGUGCAACCUGCAUGGAAAAGGAAGAUUAGGAAUGAGCACAUGUCGUUGGUGUACGCCUGGUGGUUCCUCCACCACCCAGUUCCUAAGAACUUAUGCUUCCAAGACUUUGUCCCCUGAAGAUCGUGCAGCAGCCAAUGAUGAUCUCUGUUACUGCCUGGAAUGUGUGGUUGAAUAUCACAAGGCAAGGGAUGAAUUGCCAAGCUUACUGCAGGAGAUCUUAUGGGAGUUGGAAACCUCCCGUCUCAUAGACCACUUUGAGAAAUCCAUGAAGACAGAUAUUGAAGAGGAUGAUGAAUUAUUUAUAGUGGAUGACAAUGGGGAAACUAAACUGUCUGGUUACACAGGCCCAGAUUUCGAGAACAACCUGCGUGUACCUCUUCUAGAAAUACUGAAAUACCCAUACCUGCUGCUACAUGAACGAAUCAGUGAGCUCUGUGUUGAGGCUCUUUGUAAAAUGGAACAAGUUAACUUCUCCUUUCAGGUCUUUGACAAACAUCCAGGCAUUUAUCUGUUGUUAGUACACCCCAAUGAAGUGAUUCGUCGAUGGGCCAUCCUGACAGCAAGAAAUUUAGGGAAAGUCGACAGGGAUGAUUACUAUGACUUACAGGAAGUGUUGACUUGCUUGUUUAAAGUCAUUGAGUUGGGGCUGUUUGACAGUCCUGAUAUUUAUAGUUCUUCAAUGAUUGAGAAGGGAAAACUCAUUCUUCUGCCAUCCCAUUUGUAUGAUACCACCAACUACAAAAACUACUGGCUUGGUAUCUGUAUGUUGCUAACAGUGCUGGAAGAACAAGCUAUGGAUUCUUUGUUGCUGGGUCCAGAUAAGCAGAAUGAUUUCAUGCAGUCUAUACUUCACACCAUGGAGAAACAAACAGAUGAUGAAAGCAUUGAUCCUUUCUGGCCAGCGCUGCACUGUUUUAUGGUGAUUUUGGAUCAGCUCGGGUCUAAAGUAUGGGGUCAACUCAUCGAUCCAGUCCAGGCCUUUCAAACCAUUAUCAACAAUGUCAGCUACAACAAUGAAAUAAAAAAUAUACGCAAUAGUUCAAGGAGGACUAAAUCUGAACCAGAGUCAAACUAUGAGGAAGAAAUGGUUACUUGCAGCCAGAUAGUGUAUAAUUAUAACACAGAAAAGCCCAAAAAGGAUACUGGAUGGAAGACAGCCAUUUGUCCGGAUUAUUGCCCCAACAUGUACGAAGAUAUGCAGACAUUGGCUAAUGUGCUUCAAUCUGAUAUUGGCCAAGAUAUGCGUGUCCACAACAGCACAUUUCUAUGGUUUAUUCCUUUUGUUCAGUCCCUAAUGGACCUCAAGGACUUGGGCGUGGCUUAUAUAGUAGAGGUCAUUCACCAUCUGUGCUCGGAAAUCAAAGGCUUUCUCAGUGAAAGAGUCCAGCAAUGUGACAAAGUUUCUGAAUUUUUCAUCCUGAUUUUGGUGUCAGUUGUUGAACUACACAGAAAUAAAAAGUGCCUGCAUUUGCUUUGGGUUAGCUCUCAGGAAUGGGUGGAAGCAGUAGUGAAAUGUGCUAAACUUCCAACUAUAGCAUUUACGCGCUGCUCUGAAAAAGCACCUGGAAACGCUACUAAACUUACACCAACAAUAUCUUCACAGGCUUCUAACUCUGUACAGCAUGCUUGCGUGCAGCUGAUACGCAGCCUUCUUCGAGAAGGCUACCAGUUAGGGCAACAAACUGUUUGCAAACAGUUUCUAGAUAAACUCAAUCUGCUUUUGCGUGGAAACUUACCUAUGGGUUGGCAGCUGAACAACCGGGAAACUCAGGAAUUGCAAAUGUGUUUAAAGCAGGUAAUAAGAAGUAUAAAGGACAGAUCAUCAAAUGCUUCCAUACCUGUGGAAAAUAGCGUGAUCUGUACAAAUUUGCCCACCAUUGCUAUAAAGCAAGAGAAAGGGACAGCCAGUGACAGGUGUCAGAUGAAUAUACAAUACAGGGAUAGCCUCAGUCCCCCAUUUUCUUUAGCAUCUGGGAGCGAUGAGGCUUGUCAAGAGAGUUCUUCCCCAAGAAGAAGAGGUAUCUGGGAAGAGGAAUAUAGGGAAAUGUCUUUUAACAAUACAAAAUUAUGUGUAACUGCAGAAUGCCUUUUGACAGAUAUUAAAAAAGAACCUCAUGAUAGGUCAUUUCAGGAAUGUGAACAUUCUGUUAGCUCUGGAGCAACAAAAAUACACAAGGAUACCCAUAAAAAUGGAAACAACUACCAAGUGCAGGGGAACCAAAAUAAGAAUAACUCCUUACUUAAACAGUGCUUCAACACAAGUCCUCAAGUCUGUGAUUUCAAAAGUCAUGCUAUAUUGGAGAGAGACGAAACAGAAGUGAGGAUGCCAGAGUGUCUGAGUGCUCAGUCUUGUUCGAGUUCUCAUGAAGACACUCACAGCUCAAAUGGAAAGGAUGGAAGUUGCUCCCCUAAUUCCUGUUCAAAGUUUAAGGUAGAUCCUGAUAAAAUCACAAAUUUGAAAACCCAGGUACAGAAUGCUGAUUGGGCCACAAAACUGUUGAAGUUAAUGAAGCAAUCAGCUUCAAAUUCAGAAGCAGACCAACUACAGUCUCGCUCUGAGAGUCUCUGUACAAGUAAAGAUGGCAGCAGAGAUCAGGAAGUGAAUAUUUUGAAUGAAGGUGAAACCUCAGUUAACUUUAAUACUUCAAACGCUUCUGAAAAUAAACAGGAGAACAGCAUGAACAGUACUUUUCAAAUCAAGGUGCUCUCUCUUAAGCAGGAAUCAAAUGACACCAAGGCAGAUUAUUCAAAUUUCAUUAAAAAAGAGGCUGGCUUGGAAGAAAGUGAAAGUGGAGGUGAAGAAGACAAUAUUCCACUUGAUACGUUUAUACAUUAUUUAAAGAAAAAGAGAUCCCUUUCAGGAAGAUCAAGUUCUUUGCCAAAGCCUUUACUGAAUAAAGACCUGAACACAGAAAUACCAGAUCAAGGACAGUCUAAUUCUGGCAGUUUAUGCCCAAAGAGAGGUGACCUCAAAGAUCAAAAAGUGAGCAUGCUACGUACAGAUAAAACUUCAGCAAAUUUUAACAGUCUAUCUAGUUCUGAAAAUAAAGAGGAGAUACCUAGGAAUGCUCCUCUAAUCAGUCCGCUCUUAAUUAAGCAUGAGUCAACUGACAGACUGUUAGAUUUUUCAAGAUAUUUUAAAAGAGAAGGCGAUUCAGAGGAAAAAAGAAAUCAUGAAGAUAAUGCAGCAGUUGCAUGUGAUUUGGUAAAGCAAUUUGGAGCUAGCCCCUUAACAGACUCUCAGAUUGAUAGAGACCUUGAUAAAUUAUCCUUAGCCGCUUAUGCCAAAGGUGUCAAUUUUCCUGUUGAUUCAAGCCAAGAACGCUCAGUACAUCUGAGUCACAUUAAAAGGAAGGUAAAAGGUGCUGUUAGAUCAUCCACAAAGGGCCAAAGUAAUGAGUCCUCUUCUGAUGCAGAUUGUCCCAAGAAUGAAGUCAUCGUCAUUUCAGAUUCCUCUUCUGAUGAGGAAAAAAAGUUGGAUAUUAAGAAACCAGUAAAAAAAGAUGUGUAUAUGUGUCCAGAAAAACAGCCUUUAACACCUGACUAUGUUUCUGAUAGUGCAAACAAAAAAGAGCAAUUGGAGACUCAUAGCUCCCCGUUGCCAUGUGAGGAACAUAAUUCUCAGUUUUUUGAGUUUGAAACUGAAGAUGAUGUCUUUUCAGUCUGGCAAGAUUCUCAGAUAAAUGAUGAGGAAGUGAAUCAGGCACAGGAACAAGACUCUAACUUGACAUCAACAAGCAAAUGUGCUUCAGAUAGUUUUGAGUUGGCAGAUCCUAUAAAUGACUGGGGUUAUGAUACAGAUUAUAUCAGUGAUGAUGUCAUUGAAAAAGCAGAAGAGGUCGUUAAAAGGCAGGUAGAUUCUCUGUCUCAUAAGGAAGUUAGUAAAACUGGCACGAAAUCUGAGGCAACUUUUCAAGAGCCUGCUAUCCAGGGAAAUGCAACUGCUCAGUCUGAGAAUUCUACUCAGCCAGAUGCUGUUGCUAAAGACCAUGCCAAAAACACAGGCUUGAUGAAACCCAGAGCAUCUGCAUCUAGUGUAUCAUUAGCUUCAAAGUUGACUAUUAAAAAAAGCACUUUAAGCCCAGGCAAAAGCUUAGCAAAAUCCAAGUUGGUAAGAACUGCCCUUAGAAGUCCCAGAAAAAUGAGCCUUAAAACUGUGCAAAACAAAAAACUUCCUCAGACUAGUUCUAGAAAUACUGAGCCUUGCAGGUCAACCCCUGCUGUAGUUCCUCCAAAGAAAGUUCACCAGUGUCCUGAGCCAACUUCAACUGUGGUCAAACUUGGCCUAAAAAAGGCCCCCCGCAAAGCAUUUGAGUUAUCCCAGCGAUCCUUAGAUAGUCUGGCUGAAUUGCGCAGUUAUGGGAAAGCUGCUGGGGCAGUUCAGACUCCACAGAAACAAAAAACUAAAUUAAUUGCUCCACAGAAUCUAGUUACAAAACAUAAUAGAAAAAUGUUAGCCUGCCAAGAUCUUCCGUUUCGGAGGCAGAUAAGACCCACACAAGUGGGGAGAGGGAAAAAUCAGAUAGGAAGUUCUGAGGGCAGAAGGAAAAAAAUAACUGAAAAGUCUGAUCCAAAGCACCCAAUAAAACAGCCUGUGGAUUUUGACCCAGUAUCUGCUGCGGGAACUAGUGAAAAACAAAAAGCGAGCACAGCUGAGCGGGUAUGCUAUCCCUCAAGCAAUGACGGGAAAAAAGUGAGAAAAAGCUUCUCACCUGGGAGAAAGGAAGUCCAAACUACACACAUGAAUAAAAUGGCUCCGCAUGGUUCUAAGGAAUCUAACAUGAAAAUAGAAGAAAACAAUAUGGCAGUUCCUGCAUUACAGAUCAAAUCAUGUUUUUCUUCAUCUUUAAAUGGAGACUACAAAAAUGAACCUGCAGAGAGAGAAUAUGUUGUCCCUCUAGUUUCCCCAUCUACACCUAACUUUGAGGGGGCAACUUUGGAAGUGAGCAAGCCUAAAUUAAAUGAAGAGAGUGAUGAUGAUUUAUUUUUAACUCAGUUAGAUCCUGUGGAUAUGGAAAUGUGUUCGCAGAUGGAAAAUGUUGGAGAUAUUAUAAUAGCUAGUGAAAAAGAGCCAGUAGACACGGAAGUAGAUGCUGCUGAAAGUCUGCUGCAGAAUGAGCCCUUAGGUAUUGUGAAGUGCAAGUACAAAGAUUGUACAGAACAGGUGGAAAAGACAGUGGAGUACUGUAGGAAGCAUUCUGCCACUGCUUCAGAUCAUCUCUUUGUCAAGCCAGGUUUACCACUUCGUAAGCCUGAAAAACCUUCCACUACUAAAAUUUUCAGCUCAAAUAGCUCUUCACGGAGUGCCAACCUCACGAAGGAUCUUGAAAAUAUUUCAAAGCACUCGUCAUCAAAAGCCAAGUCAAAUGUGGUAAAAUCCAGAGUGUCCAAGACAGGGAAUCCAAAAGCUGUAUCGGCAGAGAACCAGAUAGUCAAGACCCCAAGUUUCAACAAUAGUCUUCGGUCCCAGAGUUCCAGCAAUGUUCUCCGGCCCCAGAACAUGCAGACAAACAGUACUUCAUGUUUUCCCAACAGGUCUGCCUUGGGGGCUCAUUCAGGGCAAGCAAGAGGUCUCCCUUCCUUUCCACAAGCAAAUGCUCUUGUCACUCAACAGCGUGAUCAUAGUAUUUUUGUUACAGAGAUUCUGAAAUGGAACUAUGAAAUGUUUGUCAACUUCAGCCAGUUUGGACUUCCACAUAACCUUCUUCAAUCAAUUAUGGUCUCUGUUCCUGUCAAAUUUCAGGGAUACAAUGACUAUUUUAACACAUUUUUCCCCUUGAUGAUGCUAAAUGCUUUUGAAACAGUUGCACAGGAAUGGAUAGAAAACCAGAAAACAAGAGAGAAAAAUUGUUAUCAUUUGCACUUACAAAAUUUCUGUGCUGACUUGAAUCGAGCAGAUUUUACAGCAUGCAUUCGGGAAAGUGAUCUGGCAAAACAGCUUCAUCCAAAGGAUGACGACUUGAUCUUUUUGGUGGUGCCUGAAAAACAAAACACCUUUACAGAAGAAAGCGAGAUGGAGAGCCAUCUAGUGUAUCAUGUUGGUUUUGUGACCCGCUUCUCCCGUGCAUCACUCCGUGAAACGAGGCAAAAUGAGCAGCAUGUUGUCUGUCACCUUUCUGUCCAAACUCGAGGCAAUUUGUCAUACUACAUAAAUCAGCCAGUGAAAUGUGUAGUGGUCAGCUCUCUAGUGACCACGCAACGAAGGUUCAAAGGUCUGCUACUGUUGAGCAGGAGUCCUCUGGCUAAACCCAUCAUAAAUCCAAGUUACACUGACUUCUGUCCCAGGGAUUUGAAUGUAACUUCCGAGAGCACUACUUCCUACAUGAGAGACUACAAUGCAGAUCAGAAGAAGGCUAUUGAAACUGCUUAUGCUAUGGUGAAGGAGCAUCCAAGACUUCCCAGAAUCUGCCUGAUCCAUGGGCCACCUGGGACAGGGAAAUCAAAAACUAUUGUUGGACUCCUGUACCGUAUUCUGACAGAGAGGUCUGGGAAUGAGAAUCCAGCUCAAAACUUGAAUGCCAAGAUCAAGCGAAACCGUGUUCUGGUUUGUGCACCAUCCAAUGCUGCUGUUGAUGAACUCAUGAAAAAGAUAAUCUUGGAAUUCAAAGAAAAAUGCCAAGACAGAAAAAAUCCUUUGGGAAAUUGUGGAGAUAUAAACUUAGUGCGACUAGGUCCAGAAAAGUCAAUAAGCACUGAUGUCCUGAGAUUCAGCCUGGACAGCCAAGUUAGCCACAGGAUGAACCGGGGACAACCUGGCCGUGACCAGGAUAUUCACAGGAAAAAGGAAGCCCUAGAUCGCCAGCUGGACAGUCUCUCUCGGCAGCGUGCCAUGGAUAGAUGUGAUAAGAGGCAGAAGAGUCAAAAGUUAGAUGAGGAAAUUGCCAGACUUUCAAGAGAGCGGCAACAACUCACUUCUCAGCUGAGGCAGGUUGGAGGGCGCCCUCAGGAAGUGCAGGCUAGCAUCAUCUUGGAGUCCCACAUCAUCUGUUGCACGUUGAGCACAAGCGGAGGCUUUCUGCUAGAGUCUGCUUUUCGUCGGCAAGGACUUGACCCUUUCAGCUGUGUCAUUGUGGAUGAGGCAGGGCAGUCAUGUGAGGUUGAAACUCUGAUUCCAUUGACUCAUCGCUGUAGUAAACUUGUCCUUGUUGGAGAUCCCAAGCAGCUCCCUCCUACUGUAAUAUCUAUGAAAGCUCAAGAGUAUGGCUAUGAUCAGUCUAUGAUGGCUCGCCUGCACAAACACCUGGAGGAACAGAUGCAGCAGAAUGUUACAGGGAAGCUGCCCGUUUUACAGCUGACUGUACAAUAUAGGAUGCAUCCUGACAUCUGCCUCUUCCCAUCCAAUUACAUUUAUGGCAGGACUUUAAAGACUGACAGAGCAACAGAAGAGAACAGAUGUUCUUCAGAUUGGCUAUUCCAGCCAUACCUGGUCUUUGAUGUAGCAGAUGGCCACGAGAAACGGAAUAAUGACUCUUUUGCUAAUCCCCAGGAAGUAAAGCUGGUGAUGGAAAUAAUGAAAUUGAUUAAAGAAAAAAAGAAUGAUAUUGGUUUUCGUCACAUAGGAAUAAUCACCCCUUACAGUGCACAGAAAAAGAUGAUUCAACAAGAACUGGACAGAGAGUUUGGCAGGGGCAGAGCGGGAGAAGUAGACACAGUUGACGGGUUCCAGGGUCGACAGAAAGACUGCAUUAUAGUGACAUGUGUAAGAGCGAACAGCACACAAGGGUCAAUUGGUUCAAGUCAAAAGGAAGCUCAAAGUCUUGACAGGAGAAAUAAAUUUGAUCUCUUCCAUCUGUUUCUGGCAAGUCUUCAGCGUCUGAAUGUUACAAUUACCCGAGCCAGGUACAGCCUCUUCAUCCUUGGAAGACUGACAACAUUAAUGGACAAUAAAGACUGGAAUAAGCUGAUUCAGGAUGCUCAGAGAAGAGGCGCUAUCAUCAAGACUUGUGACAAAAACUAUAAAAGGGAUGCUGUUAAAAUUCUGAAGCUCAAACCAACAUUACAGCGGCCACUCUCCUAUCCUCCUACUGCUGCGCUGUCAGAGAAAGCUACUCAAAUGCAGGCGUGUUUGGGCAGUGAUGGGAAGAAUAAGGUCCCCAACAGAAAAAGCAGCAAUGACUCUGGAAUACUCUCGGCCCGUGCUGGCCUGUCAGCACAAGGCAAUGGAGUAGUAAGACAGGCACCAGAGUCUCAAGCUUUGGGUUUCAAAGGAGUCACUCUUCCCACGCCAGUGCAGCCUGCUGUUCGAGAGAGACCACGGGAUCCAAGACUGGCUAGGAGGGCAGAAGCGACAGGGAAGGAGCAGGCCUCCAAGAAUAGCAAUCCAUCAGCCCUGAGCAAUCCAGAUGUGACAUUGUCACGGGGACCUGAUGCAUCGGCAGCCCACUGGGGUCAGAUCAGCACCGUGCAGCCUACUGUCUCCAAGGUGGAAGAUUCCAACAAACCCAACCAAACUGUAAGACAGCCGGACAUGCCUUUCACUGCUUCCCAUACAGUUAGGCAGGACCAUGACUGGAGAGUUUCUGUCUCCUCAAAAGAGGCAAGAACUGGCAGUAAAGAAGACCAGAAAGGUAAUGAGUGGAGCAAAGACAAGGACUAUCGGACCCCUGCAAGCAGAAGAGCAUUGGAACAACCCCCAGAGAACAAAGACUUGAGUGAGGCCAAGAGGAGGAAGGUCUCCUAUUAGCUGAAAUCUUUCUAGGAUCCGCUGCGGCUGGCAGCCUUGCCCCCACUAUAUAAGCCCCUUCAAAACCUAUCCCUGCCCUUAAAAAUAUGGACUAUAUUUAAAAAAAAUAAAUAUCUAGUUCACCUGGAACUCCUUCAUAUUGCUACUUUUCUACUAACAGAUCCAGUUUUUCCCAUCCCAUCACUGACUGUUGGGUGAAUUCAUACCUGAAAAAUCAUAUCCUUGGAGCUUUUGAACUGAAAAGUUGGGGAAUUGCGCCAUAUGUAAUGGCAAUAAGUUUGAACUAUGAUCCUAGGAAGUGAAGUGCUGUAAAUGUUGAAUUGAUGUAUAUUUGUAUAGCAUACAAAAUUAUUUUAAGAUUUAAUUCAGCAAGCGUAUUGCUGCUUGUUUCCGUGCCCGAAAGCUGAUUUCAGAGUGGAGCAAAUUUUUUUUAUAAAAAAAAAAACCAAAAAACUGAGAGAAAACCUCACCAGAAAUUUUUGGUAAGUCUAGUUUCUUUAAUAGCAAAUGGGACAUUUUGAAAAGGCUGAGAGGGUGGUAACGGGUCAGAUGGCUUUUGAUUCUUUCUGAAAUUCCACUGGUAUCUCGUGGAAGACAGUGAGAAGGGGGUGUGUGUGCGUGAAUGUUCAACAGAAUUCUACAUAUGGUGUGUAUAUAUAUAAUUUUUUUUAUUUCACUUCCCCAUUUUUUCAUAGGAACAAAAUAUCCUUGGUUCAUGCAGAUGUGCCUUGAGUCUUACUUUUGGUCUUUUUUCUUCUGCUGUUGUCCUUAGCCCUCUGAUUGUGACAUCAGUUUAUUGCAGUUUGAGUCUAUAGACUGAUGGCACUAACUGUGGCUCAAGACACUGAGCUCCCACUGAAGUCGGUAGUAGUUGAGGAUGGUCAGAUUACAUGAGCCUGGCUCCAAGUGAGGAAUAAGCAGCAGAAGUUUUUGAAAUCUUUAUCAAAGAUCCAGUCCAUGCUUGAUGAUGAUGAUGAUACUUGGCUUGCUUGGUAACAGAGCGCUUUGAGAUCUGCAGAGAUGCUAGCUAUAUAAGAGCUGAGUAUGAUUAUUACUAUUACUGGAUUCUGUUUACUCUGUAGAUGUAGAAUAUCUAACUGGUAAAUGAAUAAAACUGCAAUAACUAAUUUUUUAAAAACAAAAAAAAGCCCUACUCAUGUGCAUGUUUUCGUAACCGAACCAAAAAAAGAAGUGCAAGUGGAGUUGUUUCUAAAUAGAAUGUGUUCAGAGUAAGGCAUUAGUUGCUCUUUGAGGAAUAUCAUGAAUGUCUAAGUGUAUAAAGAAAGUGAAUAACAUCUGUUAGGCAUACUAUCUGUUUUGCAUAGAGACAAUACAGAGCUCAUGUUUUGUUUGCGUGUGUUUAUUUAGCACUUUGACGAUCUGUCACUGGCUAGAGCCAAAAGUAGUGUGGGCAAGCAAGGUGCAAAUUUUUUCUGUGGACCUUUGAUGAUGAUGCAGCUCAUUUUCAACUUACAAAUACCUCUACUAUGGCUUUUCUGAGUUUGAUUUGAGAACAGAUUACCAUGGUAUGCCAAAUCAUUUCAUGUUGUGGACAACACCUCAGAACUAGAAGGAAGCCAUCAAACUUGCUUUAUACGUGAGCUCUUGUGAGAUAGAACCCAGCUUUCUUAAGAUGCAAAAUUAAGACCUAGCUCCAUUAAAUUAAUGGGAGCAGGUUCUCGGCACAUCUACUGAAUGACUUAUGCCCACCACUGCACAUGAGUGUUUUGAUUCCGUUACCAUGCUGGUCUUUCCAGUUUCACCACAACAUAAGAAAAUGGGCUAAACAAUUGUGCCAAUGGUUUUGUUUAGGUUUCCCUCCUGAUACUUUCAUUGCAGUGAUUAAUGUUGCCUUCUUCCUUUCAUACUGACAAACAGCUGUGUGGUGGUGGUGGUCACAGCAAAAUAUAGAGAUGACAUAACUACUGUAAGAAUAACAGGACAGUAGCCUACGUGGUAAACUGUAAAUUGAACUGGUAUGAAUUCACCUAUCUGAGCUUGAAAUAGAUGGGCUUUACUAGUGACAGCUGAGUGAUAGGUAUUUUGGAAGGCUAUAUCUCCUGUAUCGGCAUGGCACAGCUCAUGACCUGCUGUACUCUAUUACAGUGAUGGUAAAGAGAAUAAAUGGGCUAAAUUCUGCCCUUAGAUAGGCACAAGAAAUAACGCCAAUAACAGAUGUUGCCCACAAAAUUUGAGGGCAAUAUUUCACCUCAAAGCUUUGUUUCAUAUGUGUACUACAUUAAUUGCUAGCACUGUACGCACCUUAAACUGUCAUGAAAGUCGUUCAGAGUAGUGUAUGAUGUAACUUGCGUUUGCACGGAGUAGAGCUGUUAGAAUGAGCUGCUUGUUGUCAUACAUUAGAGAUCUCUGUAUAACUCCUAGUUGAGAUUCAUGCCCUGUGUGUAUCUAUAUCUAGGCUAAAUAGGAACACUUUGAAAUACGGUCUCCCUUAUAAACCUGUUGUAUCGGUGCAGUAUUGGUUAAAAAGGCAGGGUUAAUCAGCUAACCGAUGUAGUUCCUAUAGUUAUGGAAACCAUGCAGUGUAUAUUCAUGUAAAAAAACUGAAGACAAAGUCAGUCUAAAUCAGGGAAUGCUUUUCUAACGAUUAACUGGAAAACUGUUUUUGUCAAGCAAAUCUUCGAACUCUUCCAGUCUCCUUUUUGUCAAAUCAGCUGCACAUUCCAGAAUGUAAGUUCUGUCCUGAAAAUGACGCUUGUCAGGUGCUGGAAGGAAUUUUAUUCUGAUGUCUUACAUUGCCUUUGUGGCAUUACAUCACCCAUGCUUUGUAUAUUUUAUAUCUCCUGCCUCUGUAUAGGGAGAGGUGAUGAGCUGUGCAAUUUUUACUACACAGGGAUAAGUGGCUUGUGCGUGCCUAUCUGGACCCAGUAAAUCCUGUAUUACACGCACUGUUGCUUACUGGAGUUGUAUAACUUCUCAAUAAACCCUGUUUGAUUGAGAGACUGCAGUACCGUUCCAGUUUACUCCCUCAGCUGAUACAAGGUUUUAUUGCCUUUACUUGCUUUGUAUCUGUCGCCGCUUUGUCCAUCAUUUCUCUGCACUAGCUCAUUCCUGCCACAUCAGUCUGUUAAUGCUCUAUUUUGUUUUUGAAUAAAAAACGUUUGAGUUGA